CCUUUCCGCCGGAAAUGCCAUCUCCGGAGUCCCGCCGAAAUGGCGAGACUCCGUCGCCUCGGCCACGAAUCCAAGUCUCACCUCCUCCUCACUUCAACUCCACUGCUGCCGAACAAAAGCUCCGGCGGUUCAACAUACUCAUACUCACUUUUCGACUAGGUGCCUUCUGUUUCUCACUCGCCGCCGCUAUCUUCAUGCUCGUAAACCCUAGACCUUCUAAUAAUUCACCUCGCUGGUACAAUUACGACGCAUUCAGAUUUGUCCUUGCUGCUAAUGGGAUAGUCGCUGUGUAUUCAAUGUUGGAAAUGGCGGCCGCCGUAUGGGAAAUUUCGACCGGCGUCACGAUUCUGCCGGAAAUAUUUCAAGUUUGGUUCGAUUUCAGCCAUGAUCAGGUGUUUGCUUACCUGUUGCUGUCGGCGGCAUCGACGGGGGCCGGGUUGGCCCGGACGUUGAGGGACACGUGUACGGCUAACAAUGCGUUCUGUAAGCAAACGGACAUAUCGGUUGCAUUGGGGUUUGUGGGAUUCGUGUUCUUGGGUUUGUCUUCUUUGCUCUCGGGUUUUCGGGUCGUCUGCUUCAUUGUUAAGGGCUCUCGUUUUCACAUUUAAAAAAGUAUUUAAUUAGUUAACUACUUUUACUUGAGUAUUAAUUAAAUUCAUAAUAAAAUUAGUAAACUCACCAAAAA